UCUCUCGCCCCUUCAAAUUGGCGGGAGAAGGAGCGGCAGAAGAGAGGGAGAGGGAGAGGGAGAGAGGGAUAUGGCAACGGCAGAUUCUGCAACGGAUGCCCUCAUUCUGAUCAGAACGAGGCUCUGCGAUCCCAAAUUCAUCUUCAAAUGCUUUUCCUCUGAUCCUGAUAGCAAUUACAGCAAGCUAAAAUUCGUACUCUCAAAUGCGGUGACCGAAGCCUGCAGCAACUCUGUCCUCCUUCUCGGCCCUAGGGGCUGCGGCAAAGCUGCGGUAUUAGAUCUUGUCCUUGAUGAUUUGAGGACGGAACACCCUGAUUUGGUAUCUGUGGUUCGACUGAAUGGAAUGCUUCAUAGCAAUGACCGUAGUGCACUCAAGGAAAUAUCUCGGCAGCUGUGUGUGGAACAUCAAUUAGCAUUCUCAAAAAUGGCCUCGUUUGACGACAAUUCUGAAUUUUUGAUUACGAUGUUAAGAGAAUGUGCAUUAUCACACAAAGCAAUUGUAUUUAUACUUGAUGAGUUUGAUUGUUUUGCACAAGGGAGGCAACGGAUUCUGUACAGUUUACUAGAUGCACUUCAAACGGUACCAUCACAGGCUGUGAUCAUUGGUCUGAGUUGUCGUCUGGAUGCUGACCAGCAACUAGAAAAGAGAGUUAGAUCACGUUUCUCACACAGAAAGCUAUUGUUUUUUCCUCCCUCUAGAGGGGAUUUACUGAGAUUAUGCAAGUACAUCCUAAGUUUGCCCACAGACUCAAGUUUCUCCAAUAUACAUUUUGCCUCUGAAUUCAACAAAAAGCUUCAUAAAAUAUUGGAAAAUGAAAGUUUUGCAGGUAUUCUGGAUUCAAUAGCAGAUACUAGCGCAACAUCUUUUUCCAGCCUGUUGCAUUUUCUAUUUCGUGCUGUUUCUGACAUGGAUCUAAGGAAAGGGUACCUUACAUUUGAAAAUUUCCAGAAUUCCAAAUCAUCUCUGCAGAGGCAGCCUAAGAUGGACACUCUUCAAGAUGCCUCGAUCUUGGAGCUAUACAUUCUUGUGUGCAUGAAUAGACUUGAGAGCAAAGAAUCUGAAUCAUACAACUUCAAUUCAAUAAUGAAAGAAUAUAAAAGUCUCCAUGUUGCACAUCAAACCUGUGAUUAUUAUGCACAACAAGUUUGUCUGAGGGCUUUUGAACACCUUAUAGAGUUGCAACUGAUAGGUUUUACAGACAACAGGAGUCGUACAUUAUCUACUGAAUUUCGUCCUGUGAAGCUCUUGGUAUCACCUGAUGAACUUUAUCAUGGAUUGGAGAUUAACCGUAAUUGUCCUACCAUUCUCCAGAAAUUGUUCAAUCGGGAGACUUUCAAAUGAUUGACUAUUAUUGGUGCUUGCUGGCAUUUGUGAAGGGAUAUCUACUGAUUAGUUCUUGGAGAUUAAAUAUGCGGACGGGAGUACUUUUUCAAUGAAACAAGUGCCCUUACCAAAUAAAUAAUGAAAAACUCGAUAUAAUGGCGGGCACGUAUUUAUUCAGAUGACGCCAACCAUCGAGUAUAUGGUUGCAAGAAGGUACUAACUAUGUUUAAGUAUCGGAAGGAUGGAUGUCUUGGUAUAUUCCAAAGUUCGGGAUGGAUUUGUCAAUCACAGAAAGGUUGUGAUGGAUGUGUGAAUUGCCUAUAAUUUAAGGAUGCAUUUGGAAAGAACUCAAUUUUAAACACUCCCUUGGUUGCGUCUUCCUGCUCUCAGGUCUGUUUUCUGUCCUGAUAUUUACUUGUAAAACACUAAAUUCAGUAACUUCUCAUGAACAUGCGCCCGUUUUCAUGCAAUAACACUAGCACAUCUCCGUUACAGUAUAUCUAAAUACA